UUUACGUGGCCCAAUGAGGGCGCUCUCUUAAUAUCUGGAAAAUUUGACGAAGUCCACGUUAGAGGUAAUAAAUAGUAUCAGGAGUGUACGAAUACACAGUUCGUGUGACAAAAUUCUCCAGGAAUCGUCGCGCAUAAAUGAAUAACGCCCCCUUUCGGCAGUGAGUGACGUGUAGAGAUCUAGAUCGAUAUCGAGCGCCAAAACUCGUAUACCGUGCACGCGCAACCAAAAUACCAACGUGAUCGUGACAAUGUAGCCGCACCAAGUACGGCGCGCAAGUUCGCAAGAGGUGUGAGAAAUCUUCAAUUUCAGACUGUACAAAUGGCAGCAGAUGACUUAAAUGUGGCUACAGAGGAGAAAGUGCAGAUUCUUUUAUACUUUAUAGAUCUUUACAAGGACAGUAGCAUUUCGUACGAGGAACUCGUGGCAGUUGUUGUGGAGAUUUUAUUGCAAUUGUGAAGCCUAAAGUAUGUCUUCCAGGAGAAAAAGAUUUUCUCCGGCAGCCGAAGCAGAGCAUUUCUGUAGCCUGGGGAAGGACAAGAGUGGAUUUCAAAAACAAUAUAUAAAUGAUGUGAUCGGAUAUGGUCUUUUUACAUCAAUGACUUUCGAGAAGGGGAGCUUUCUCCUUGAAUAUAGAGGCGAGCGGUCUUUAGUUUCUGAUGAUGAGGAGAUGACCAGUGAAGACUCGUAUGUUUUUCACUUUAAACACUGUGGUGUAAAGUACAGAAUUGAUGCAUCAAGUGAAGGGAGCUGCUUGGCAAGAUACAUCAAUGAUGAAGAAACCAAGCCCAACUGCAGAAUGAAGAAACUUGUAUUCAACAAUGUUCCCCAUCUGUGUUUGUUUGCACUGACUGACAUCAAUCAAGGAGCUGAACUUAGAUACAACUAUGGAGAGGAUGACUACCCAUGGCGCAAGGUUGAUGUUACAACCAAGCCUGUUACAACCAAACCAACUAGUCUAGGUGAAACUAGUCCUUUGAACCUAGCUAUUAGACAUGGUGAGUUGUCUAAUGCUGCCACUCCGGAUCUUCAGCAUAAGGGAGAAAGGCAAAGUAGGAGUGUCCAUCACGAAGACAGUGAUCCAUGCAAACCCAGUAAAGCCCUCAGACGAGUUGAGUUUCCACAUGCCACCUCUACUUUUGCAGACACUGAGGCAUAUUCGGCUGGUAAAACAAGUCCCCAUCUGGAGGAAUGUCAACCACUUAAAUCCAGUCUCUCUGCCGAUGUUGAGCCAGCUGCCUCUGCCAGUCUAGGUGAAACAAGUCCCUUGGACCAAGCUGUUAGACAUGGUGAGUUGUCUAAUGCUGCCACUCCGGAUCUUCAGCAUGAGGGAGAAAGGCAAAGUAGGAGUGUCCAUCACGAAGACAGUGAUCCAUGCAAACCGAGUAAAGCCCUCAGACGAGUUGAGUUUCCACAUGCCACCUCUACUUUUGCAGACACUGAGGCAUAUUCGGCUGUUAAAUCAAGUCCCCAUCUGGAGGAAUGUCAACCACUUAAAUCCAGUCUCUCUGCCGAUGUUGAGCCAGCUGCCACUGCCAGUCUAGGUGAAACAAGUCCUUUGGACCAAGCUGUUAGACAUGGUGAGUUGUCUAAUGCUGCCACUCCGCAUCUUCAGCAUGAGGGAGAAAGGCAAAGUAGGAGUGUCCAUCACGAAGACAGUGAUCCAUGCAAACCCAGUAAAGCCCUCAGACAAGUUGAGUUUCCACAUGCCACCUCUACUUUUGCAGACACUGAGGCAUAUUCGGCUGGUAAAACAAGUCCCCAUCUGGAGGAAUGUCAACCACUUAAAUCCAGUCUCUCUGCCGAUGUUGAGCCAGCUGCCACUGCCAGUCUAGGUGAAACAAGUCCCUUGGACCAAGCUGUUAGACAUGGUGAGUUGUCUAAUGCUGCCACUCCGGAUCUUCAGCAUGAGGGAGAAAGGCAAAGUAGGAGUGUCCAUCACGAAGACAGUGAUCCAUGCAAACCCAGUAAAGCCCUCAGACAAGUUGAGUUUCCACAUGCCACCUCUACUUUUGCAGACACUGAGGCAUAUUCGGCUGGUAAAACAAGUCCCCAUCUGGAGGAAUGUCAACCACUUAAAUCCAGUCUCUCUGCCGAUGUUGAGCCAGCUGCCACUGCCAGUCUAGGUGAAACAAGUCCUUUGGACCAAGCUGUUAGACAUGGUGAAUUGUCUAAUGCUGCCACUCCGGAUCUUCAGCAUGAGGGAGAAAGGCAAAGUAGGAGUGUCCAUCACGAAGACAGUGAUCCAUGCAAACCCAGUAAAGCCCUCAGACGAGUUGAAAUUCUACAUGCCACCUCUACUUUUGCAGACACUGAGGCAUAUUCGGCUGGUAAUACAAGCUCCCAUCUGGAGGAAUGUCAACCACCUAAAUCCAGUCUAUUUGCCGGUGUUGAGCCACCAGUCACUGCAAGUCUGAGCAUGCAGACACUUCCAAUUGCCAGUAAUUGUUACAGUGCCAACCAAAUAGUGACGUCAUCUAAUGCCACAGCUGUGAUUAUUGACAGUGAUUCUGAAGAAUCAGAACCCGAUGAUCCCGAUUAUGUACAUGACCCUGAUUAUGUACCAGACUCUGCAAGUGAUGGUGAUGUUAGCUGUUCUGAUGACAUCUUGCAGAUUCCAGACACUAGACGCAGAAAAAAAAAUUCCCCCGUUGUUGAUAGUGAUGAUGGUAGUGUUGAGUUUGACUGUGAGCCUAGAGAAUCCAAUGGGGCAAACAAUCAACAGGCUGAAUCUUCCGAUUGUCAAAAUCCCAAGGUCUCCAGCUCUUCAUGUGAGCAAUCUGACAUUGAGGUCCUCUGCACAUCAAACGAAGAGGAAAGACGCAGGUGGGAUAAGCCACAGUUCUGUCCCUUUUGUUUGGUGGGGCAAAAGAAGUUGCCUCGACAUCUUACUACAGAGCACAAAUAUGAACCACAGGUCAAUGAAUGGCUUGGAACAAAAGAGCCAAAGAAACGUGCAAAGCUCCUGACGCUCAUGAGGAAUUACGGGAAUUUUCUCCAUAAUCAUAAAGUUCUAGAGGAGGGAAAAGGUACACUCAUAGUUGUUUAUCGGCCAAAAUACAAGGCUAAUGCUCGAGACUAUUUGCCUUGCACAAGAUGCUACGGCUACUUUGCGAAAAGUGACCUGUGGAAACACAAAUGCAGCCAGGCAACUGAUGAAUCAGAUGCUACUGAUGAACCCGUUAAAAAGAAACGAAGGACUGGACUUGCAAAGGCAAGUAGAAUGAUGCUGCCUAUCACUCCUGGAGUAAGCAAGAGAACACAUGAAAUUUUAGCCACCAUGAAGGAUGACAACAUAGCUAGGGUGGUCAGGUCGGACAGGCUAAUACAAUUGUUUGGUGAAAAGCUGACUCUGAAGCAUGGACACACCAGGGACCAGGAGGGGUAUAUUAGGCAGCGAUUACGUGAGCUGGCACGGAUGUUGUUUGAAUAUAGAAUUCUCACAGAGCAGCCAAAUGCUCAAAUGGAAGACCUUAUAUGCCCAAAGAAAUUCCAUGACGUAGUUAAGGCUACAAGACAAGCUUCAGGAUUCAAUGGAGACGAUAACAUCUACACAACUCCAAGCCUGGCUCUAAAGAUUGGGCACAGUCUAAAGACAUGCACUGAGAUACUUCGAGGGGAAGCUCUUGUGUCUGGUGAUGAAGCGGUUGAAAAGAAAUCCAGAGCAGUUGCUGAAUUGUACAGUUUGCACUGGGAGGGGGAGGUGAGCCACCACGCUCUGAGAACCCUUGAAGAAGCCAAACGCAACAACCCCAAGAUACUCCCAUUGACAGAAGAUGUUGUGAAGCUAUCUAGGUACCUUCAAAACCAGGCAAAGACAAAUCAUGAAGAGCUACUGAGGUCGUCUGGGUCUGAAAUGCAGAAAGCAUGGGUGAAAUUAGCUGAAGUCCUGCUGUCUCAAGUAAUCGUCUUCAACAGAAAACGAUCAGGCGAGGUGUCAAGAAUGACACUGAAUGAUUACAACAAAUGUGCUAGAGGGGAGACAUGUAUAGUAGAUGGGGCCCUGUCUGUAGUUGAGAAGGCACUGUGUAAGGCACUAUGGAGAGUAGAAAUAAUUGGGAAACGUUCCCGCACUGUUCCUAUUCUCUUAACCACCAAAAUGAAGGCAGAUCUUGACACUCUAACUGAAUGUAGAAAAGAGGCAGGCUUAGAUCACAACAAGUACCUGUUUGGUAUGCCGGGAGGUUCUGGUCAUCUGCGUGGAACAGACACUCUUCGAAAUCAUUCAGCAAGGUGCGAAGCAAAAAACCCGGAACUUCUGCGAGCUACCAGACUUCGGAAACACAUAGCUACAGUAUCUCAAGUAAUGAACUUGCAGGACAACGAGCUGGACAUACUCGCAGGCUUUCUUGGACAUGACGUACGGACACAUCGAGAGUAUUACCGCCUACCAGACUCAACUCUGCAGGUAGCUAAACUCUCCAAAGUACUGCUGAAGAUGGAGAGUGGGGACAUCAGUGGUCUAGCUGGAAAGAGCCUGAAGGAUGUGCAUGUGGGAUCUGAUGAGGAGUGCCUGUGCAGUUCUGAUGAUGGAAGUGAAGCAAGUGAUAGUGAAUCCGAGUUGUGCACACCCGUGGUAGAGGAUAAAGGUAAGAUUAGAGAAUUCUAAGAACUUCAUGAGCAUUUUAGCAAUUUAAUGUAAAUUUACUGAGUAGUGAGAAAAGAGCUUGUUACAUGUACUGAAAUGCUUGCCUGUUUAUCUUUAUUACCUCCACCAAUGGAGGAGGUUAUGUUUUUUGUUACGGUUGGUUUGUGUUCGUUCGUUCGGUAGUUAUUUAGUUAGUUUGUCCUUGUGCAAAAUAACUCCAAAAGUAGUUAACGGAUUGAGAUGAAACUUGCAGGAAAGGUUGGGAAUGACAAAAAUACCAAUCUAUUGAAGCUAAAAUUUAGUUUUUAGUAAACCUCAAAAAAACAUCAGCAUUUCCUAUGAAACCAAGUAAAUUAUAUGCUGUGUUACCAUAUAUGAUAUAUUGCAGUCUAACACUUGUUUUAAGCAAUACCAAAACCAAAUUUGGAGACAAAAAUACAGCACUCUGAAUCCAUCAGUUUCCGCAGCUCAAAUAAUUUUCUGGAAUUUAUUGCCUUUUCCUGGAAUCUUCAAUACUUGACAUUCCUGUGAUAAAUGAUGAUCAAUAAGCCUCAUAAUGACUCUGCUAGUGUAUGCACUUAUUUCAAAAUCACAAAAAAAGGCUUCUUUGCGUGAGCAACGUUCUGGACGAGAAAUAGGUGCCACUUUUGGUGUAGUCUGGUUGUCUGCUUCUUCUUCGCCAUUUCUUGCCCGAUUUCAAUUCCGUUUUUGCUUAAAGACUGGCUCCACUCAAGAAAAAUCUUGUUUUUAAUGAAGCAGAAAAAUGAGACGAACAGAUUAAAAAAAGUUUGAAGCAAAUCGAACAAUGAAUAACAGAGUUAUGGCUACUUUAAAGGGGAGGUCUAUGCGAUAAUUUACUUUAAAAUUAAUAUAGGGCAAAAAUCAAGCUUUCAGAAAAUGUCUUACUUGACUCUGUAGACCCAUGAAUAAAGGAGUAAUCACUGGAAAAUCGAUAUAAGCAAAAGUUCUCGCACGAGCCAGUUUUACCCGAAAUGCAUUACGCUACACUGUCCGCAUGACGUCAGUGUCGCACUUUUGUUGAGCAAGCAGUCAGAAAUCCCACGGCUUGAGGUUCAAACACCAAUAUUUCUACAUUUUUACAUCAAAAUUGUCAGCUCAAAUAUCUUGAAUCAAUUGAGCAUAUAUCACCCUAUGUGUCAAGGGUUUCAGAAUCGGAAAAGUGGUCAUUUUCCCCAAGAACUCAUAAAAUUUGUGCAGCUAUACCCUUGAAACAAAAGUCACAGCAAUAUCUUGCAUACAGCCAAUGGAGAAAGUUCGCACAUGUGCAGUCUUAGUGCGACAAUGACAUCACAUGGCCAUCGCACUUUGGCAAUGCGAGAACUAUUUUAGAAAUACAGUCAACUCUGCCUAAGUCGAACUUGUCUAUGUCGAAUAAUUGCCUAAGUCGAAAUAAAUUUCUGGACCAAAUGACAACAAACCUGUGUUAUUUACUUCUUCUAAGUCGAAAUUCGCGUAAGUCGAACAAAUUUUUGUGGUCCCAAGAGAUUCGACUUAGGCGGAGUUACCUGUAAUUACAAUUACAAAAUUGGAGCUUAAAAAUCACAAAAGUAACGCCCGUGGAUGAAAGUGGUAUCAGAAUGCUCCUUGAUUUUCAAGCCGUAAAAUAGAUUUUUUAGGAAAUCGUCUAGACUUCCCCUUUAAUGAUAUUGAAAAAUCUAUUUUGACAGUGAUUUCUCACGCAAAUUGGCAACCUUUGGUCACGUGUGAUGACGUACAUCAUGCACUACUUGAAUGUUAGCUUAUGGUAUCUUAUUAUCAUCAUCAUUGCUUUUAGCAAUCCGUUUUAAUUAUUAAACACAAACUCACUUUUCUUAUUGACGUCUUCAUGAAGGUCAAAUCCAUCAGUGAACGUAACUUUAGCUAAUAAAUUCCAUGUAGAAAAAUAAAAGGUAUUAUGUUUGGAUUUAUAAUAUUUAAUAUAAUACAU